AUGAGAUUCGUACGUCUUGGAGUCAUUGUGCCCUCGUCGAAUACCGCGUUAGAGCCGCUGACAAACGCAAUUGUCUCGUCCAUCAAUUCGGAGAGUUUAUCUAUCUCGGUGCAUUUCUCCCGAUUUCGGGUCACGACGAUCGACAUCUCGCCAGCUGCAAACGCCCAGUUCGAAUUAGAACCAAUCUUGUCUGCAGCAAGGCUGCUAGCGGAUGCCAAAGUCGAUGUGAUCGGCUGGGGCGGCACGUCGGCUGGGUGGCUUGGAUUCCAACACGAUGAGAGGCUGUGCGCUGCUAUUCAGGCCGAAACCGGCAUCAAGGUGACAACGUCUGUCAUGUCACUCAACGCGCUCAUGCACAGCCUGGGUGUCACCUCGAUAGGGCUGGUGACUCCGUACAUCAAAGGCAUGAAUGACGCGAUACGCUCCAAUUAUGCAGCAAUUGGCAUAGACAUCAGCGGGAAUUGGGAGCGCCAUCUAGGCAUCACGGACAAUAAUGAAAUUGUGCGCGUAAACGAGAGCAUUCUGGAUGAAAUGGUGAUGGAUGUCGCAGCCAAUGGCGCACUGGUGCUGACAACAUUCUGCACCAAUCUUUUCGCAGCCCAGCGCGUCGAGUAUUGGGAGAAGUCGCUGAGGGUCACUGUGCUGGAUACGGUUAGUACAACGGUAUGGGGGAUGCUGAAAGUGGUGGGAAUAGACACCCGGCUUGUCAAGGGUUGGGGGUUUAUGUUCGAGGUUGAUUGA